AUGAUUGAUACUGAUGUCAGGUACGUAUACCGAUUCGCACUCAAGAUCCAGAAGCGAAGAAGACACGAGCUGAUGUGCUGUCGACGAAGAUACACGUGGGACGAGUGCCUGACGACUUCNGACUUCACACUUCAAGAUCUCUACAAGGGUUUCUCUGAGAAGGCGCAAGAAAUGUCACCGCAUGCCAGGGUGGGUGCCGUUAUUAUUCUCUUCGUUGUUUUAAUAUUUGUUUGA